AUGGCACAGGCGAUUAAGAGCGCUCUCCCAUCCCACCUCAAGCCCGGCAACGGCGACGAGCAGGAGUUUGCCAAGAGACAUCAUGGCAAGACUCGUUCCCACAUGGCUUUCGAGAACACCUCGACCAACAUUGCUGCUGCCCAGAUGCGCAAUGCUCUCACCAACCUCGCCGAGACCGUGAAGGACCCCAAGGAGAAGAAGCUGUUCGAGACCGAGAUGGACAACUUCUUCUCCUUGUUCCGCCGCUAUCUCAAUGACAAGGCUAAGGGCAACGAGGUCUCGUGGGACCGCAUUGCUCCUCCCGCUGCUGGCCAGGUCGUCGAUUACGAGGACUUGGCCCACUCCGAGUCUGUUGGCUUCCUCAACAAGCUUGCUGUUCUCAAGCUCAACGGUGGUCUCGGUACCUCCAUGGGUUGCGUUGGUCCCAAGUCGGUCAUCGAGGUCCGUGAUGGCAUGUCUUUCCUUGACAUGUCCGUCCGCCAGGUCGAGCACCUCAACCGCAGCUACGGCUCCAACGUCCCCAUUCUCCUCAUGAACUCUUUCAACACCCACGAUGAUACCGCGGCGAUUAUCAAGAAGUAUGAGGGUCAUAACGUCGACAUUCUUACCUUUAACCAGUCGAGGUACCCCAGAAUCUUCAAGGACUCCCUCCUCCCAGUCCCCAAGUCCUUUGACUCUGCUCUCCAUGACUGGUAUCCUCCCGGACACGGUGACGUUUUCGAGUCCCUCUACAACUCUGGUGUUCUUGACCAGCUCAUCGACCGUGGCAUCGAGAUCAUCUUCCUUUCCAACGCUGACAACCUCGGCGCCGUUGUUGAUCUCCGCAUUCUCCAGCACAUGGUUGAGAGCGAAGCCGAGUACAUCAUGGAGUUGACCAACAAGACCAAGGCCGAUGUCAAGGGUGGUACCAUCAUUGACUACGAGGGCAGCGUCCGCCUUCUCGAAAUCGCCCAGGUCCCCAAGGAGCAUGUCAACGAGUUCAAGUCCAUCAAGAAGUUCAAGUACUUCAACACCAACAACAUCUGGAUGAACGUCAAGGCCAUCAAGCGCGUCGUCGAGAAUAACGAGCUCGAGAUGGAGAUCAUCCCCAACGGCAAGACCAUCCCCGGUGAUAAGAAGGGCGAGUCGGACAUUAGCAUUCUCCAGCUGGAGACCGCUGUUGGUGCUGCCAUCAAGCACUUCAAGAACGCCCACGGUGUCAACGUUCCCCGUCGCCGCUUCUUGCCCGUCAAGACUUGCUCUGAUCUGAUGCUUGUCAAGUCUGAUCUCUACACCGUCAAGCACGGCCAGCUCCAGAUGAGCACAGCCCGCUUCGGUGAUGCUCCUCUGAUCAAGCUCGGUGGUGACUUCAAGAAGGUGUCCGACUUCCAGAAGCGCAUCCCCAGCAUCCCCAAGAUCAUUGAGCUUGACCACCUCACCAUCACCGGUGCGGUCAACCUUGGUCGCGGUGUCGUCCUCAAGGGUACCGUCAUCAUUGUGGCGACAGAGGGUCAGACCAUCGACAUUCCCCCAGGAUCCAUCCUCGAGAACGUUGUCGUCCAGGGUAGCUUGCGUCUGCUUGAGCAUUAA